UGUUUUGUCACCUUUUACACUCGGAAAUCUGCUCUGGAGGCUCAGAACGCUCUGCACAACAUGAAGAUUCUACCAGGGAUGCACCAUCCAAUCCAGAUGAAGCCUGCAGACAGUGAGAAGAACAAUGCAGUGGAAGACCGAAAGCUUUUCAUUGGAAUGAUCUCCAAGAAAUGUAACGAGAACGACAUCCGGCUGAUGUUCUCUCCGUAUGGACAGAUUGAGGAGUGUAGGAUCCUACGCGGCCCAGAUGGACUCAGUCGUGGCUGUGCCUUUGUCACAUUCACAGCUCGACAGAUGGCCCAAUCUGCCAUCAAGUCCAUGCACCAGGCCCAGACCAUGGAGGGCUGCUCCUCACCCAUUGUGGUGAAGUUUGCAGACACACAGAAGGACAAGGAGCAGAAGAGACUGGCCCAGCAGCUGCAGCAGCACAUGCAACAGCUCAGUGCUGCCUCACUGUGGUCAAACCUCACCGGUCUCAGCAGCAUGGGCCCACAGUAUUUAGCUGUGAGUUUUAAUGCCAUCCAAAACCUGGCAGCACUAGCAGCAGCAGCGAGUGCCACACAGUCCUCACAGUCCAGCUCCAGCUCCAUGACAAGCUCCAGCAGCCCCCUCUCCAUGUCCACGACAGGUUCUUCUCCCAGCUCCAGCAGCAGUUCCUCUGUGAACCCCAUGACCUCCUUGGGAGCCCUACAGUCUCUGUCCACAGGCUCUGGGGUGGGCCUUAACAUGGGCUCCCUGACAGCUCCCUCUCCUCCAGUGGAUUGUCUGGAGGGGUUAUCUGGAGGCUUGUCCGGAGGUCCAGGGUGCAGCAUGGACGCGCUGAGCCAGGCAUACUCAGGUAUCCAGCAGUACGCAGCAGCUGCUCUGCCCAGCCUCUACAAUCAGAGUCUCCUGUCCCAGCAGAGCAUCUCCGCAGCUGGCAGCCAGAAGGAGGGUCCAGAAGGUGCCAACUUGUUCAUCUACCACCUGCCUCAGGAGUUUGGAGACCAGGAUCUCCUGCAGAUGUUCAUGCCUUUCGGAAACGUCAUCUCAGCCAAAGUGUUCAUCGACAAGCAGACCAACCUCAGCAAGUGUUUUGGUUUUGUGAGCUAUGACAACCCAGUGUCAUCUCAGGCAGCGAUUCAGUCCAUGAAUGGCUUUCAGAUUGGUAUGAAAAGACUCAAAGUGCAGCUGAAACGCUCCAAGAAUGACAGCAAGCCCUACUGA